AUGGGCGAGCUCAUCGGUGCUGUCAUCGGCGCCGCAUGGUUGCUCGCAUCCAUCAGUCCCGUCAUUGCGACUCCAGGCCCUGGCACUGUGGGCUUCAACUUCGAGAAGCGCCGAGUGAGUGCGCACGAGUACCCCCGUCUCUCUCGGCGUCAAAGCAAGACCGUUUCUGCCGCUUUAGACAAUGAGAUUCUGCUCUACUUGAUCAACGUGACAGUUGGAACGCCUGGUCAGCCUUUCUCGCUCCAGCUGGACACCGGCUCUUCGGACAUUUGGUUCCCGGCCGUCAACGCAGACAUCUGCGAGCAAGACAUACAGAAUUGUGCCCUCGGUACCUACGACUACACCAAGUCUUCCACCUACGCCGAUCCUAAUCUUCCGGAGUUCCAAAUUCAAUAUGUCGACGGCUCUCAGGUCGCCGGCGCGUACAUCUCUGAUGUCCUGAACAUCGGCGACACCAAGCUCACGAAUAUGACCAUGGCUGCUGCCCUGACCGCCAACACGAGGGGACUUGGUAUAAUGGGUAUUGGCUUUGAGUUGGGAGAGGCGGGCUUCCUGAUGGACGGACUACAAUAUCCAAAUGUCAUCGGUGUAUUGAAGAACGAGGGUCACAUAAACACCUGGGCUUAUUCCCUGUGGUUGGAUGACCUGGAGGCCAACACCGGCAACAUCCUCUUCGGUGGCGUCGACACAAGCAAGUACCACGGCGAUCUGGUUUCCCUGCCGAUCCAGCUCGAUUCUCAGACCGGCACCAUCAGUUCCAUGACCGUGGCAUGGACGGGGUUGACUGUCACCGGCGGCGGGCAGACCUCGAACCUCUCUCCGUCCACACCACAGGCAGCAAUUCUCGAUUCCGGAACGACGUAUCUCCUCCUCCCCGACGAGAUUGCCAACAACGUUUUCAACGGCGUGGGAGUGCUGACGGAUCCGUCAUACGGCAACGUCGUGCCCUGUUCCCUGGCCGACGACGACCUGACUUUCUCUUUCCAAUUCGGUGGCCAGAGCGGGCCCAUUGUCAAUGUCAGCCUGUCGGAAUUUGUGACUCCUCUAUUGACCACCGAUAGGUCGCAACCCACCUUCCGCAACGGAGAUGCAGCAUGCGCCUUUGCCAUAGAGGCAGCAGGCGACAACCCCAUCCUGUUCGGUGACGCAUUUCUCCGGAGCGCAUACGUUGUCUAUGAUCUGGAAAACCAGGAAAUUGGCAUCGCCCAGACCGACUUCAAUGCCGGCAAGUCGAACAUCCAAGCAUUCCAGGAGAGCAGCGGCAUUCCAAACGUUGUCUCUACCGCGACCGUGGCGAGCGUCGUGCAGACCUUUACUGGCGUCCCGCGGGUCACAGAAGCCUCGGCGACGGUCACCGGCGAGAUCGGCCCGGCAUCUAGUAGAUCUGCUACUUUCAACCUCACACCGACCAGUGGGUCGAGUAGUGGCAGCAGCAGCAGCAGCGGUGGUAGCGGUGGUGGCAGCAGUGAGACCGGAGGAAGCAGCUCUAGUAGCAGUUCAUCCGCAGCCAAUGCCAACCUUCGCGCCUCGCCGGUCGAGGCGGCCAGCAUUGUCGCUGGAUGUGCUGUGGCUGUUGGCUUCUUGUUUGGUGGAAGUUUGAUGUUGCUGUAA